CAGUGUGUCGUCGGCGGCAGGCAGGCAGGGGAAUACUCGUGGCGGCGGUGGUGAUCUGAGGAGCGAGGAGCCAUGGACCAGUUCGUCCCUGCUGAUUGGACCUGGAGCACCAACAAUGGAGACGCCUUUGAGCCAUCGUGCGCCCAAGACGACGGCCUCGUCGAGCUGCUGUGGUCCAACAGCAACGUCCAGUGGCGGAGCCAGCCGCCGCCGCUGUCGGUGCGGGGGCUCGAGGCGGCCUUCGUAGACGAUGACAGCUCACCCGAGAUGGAGCUCUUCUCGGAGAUCUUCUGCCAAACGCCGGCAGACGCCGGCCGCAGCAGUACAGGCAAGCGGAAGCAGAGAGACGCCGCCGGGAGCCCCAGCGAGGUUAAGCGGGACGUGGAGUCCGAUUCCGCUGCCGACACUAAGUGCCAGCCGGAGCCGUCGACGGGCAAACGGCGGCGCGCCGCCCAAGUGCACAACCUCUCGGAGAGGAUGAGGAGGGACAGGAUCAACGAGAAGAUGAGGGCUCUGCAAGAACUCAUUCCCCACUGCAACAAAACGGACAAGGCGUCGAUGCUGGACGAGGCGAUCGACUACCUCAAGUCGCUGCAGCUGCGGGUACAGAUGAUGUGGACGACUGGUGGCGGCAUGCCGGCGUCGGCGCCUCCGAUGUUCCCGGCGAGCGGCGCCCAUCGGUACAUGCAGCGGAUGGCCUCCAUGCGUUCCAGGAUGCCGCCGUUCAGGACUAAUGUAUACAGUAAUUCAAAUGGCACAAAAAGUUGAGUUA